CUCGGCCCGUGCAUGAACCCGCGGGCCACCGCGCCGCGCCAACCCAGCUUUCACACGAUCGAGUGCGACGUGCCGCUCACUUGGACGCGCAUCGUGCUUUCUCUCGUCUCGUACGCGCUCUUCUUCACCGACAUUCCGCGCAGCGGGUUUGGUGUGCGCCAACUGCCACCCCCAACGUUCCAGCCCGUGACCGAGUCACUUUUUUCAUACUUUGGCCCGUACAACUACUCGGUGAUCGCGCUCACCAAAGAAAUCAAUGGAUCUCUCACCGGACCAUCCGUCGCGCCUGUCUGGGGCUACAAAUUUGACACGACCUCCAUGGGUCUCCGCGGCUUUGUCGAGCACUUUCACGUGCCUUUCUGGGACCCGUGUCUUCUCUACAAGUGCCCGUGCGGCAGCAAUGCUGUCGAUGCAUCGACCGUGUAUCGUAUGCUCGACAGUCUUGUUGACGUUGUCAGCUCUCUACAUCACCGGGUCGCCCUUCGCGUUGAGAGCCGCAGCGUGGAUAAGAUUCACGAUGCCGUCGCACCGACGCGGGCGCUAGUCGAGCGAGACCUGCGCUCUGUUGAAGUCUACAUCAUGACGACACCUACUGACGUGUGUGCUCCCACCAAUCCAGAUGCCCUUUGGUUGUCAAGAGCCAUGGGCCAACUUUUAUGCAUUAGGACCCAUGGCGGCUCUGGGGUCUGUCACCCAGCACAUACAAGCGCGGUUCGCGUCGCAACUGGCCGAUAUCGAUCCAAAGACGCAGCUUGUCGACAUGGCCAUUGUGCACUCGGCUGCGGAUGGGCGGCACUGGGGCGGCGGUGUUGCGCGGCUUCAGCCGUUUGCAGUCGACGUCACGACAAUCCUUCGCGUGCGAAAUUGCACCAACGUCCUCGACACCGCGAGCUGCAGCACCGUUGACAUUGAAGAUUACCGAUACGAGACAGCAUUCAUUCGCACCAACGUUGUGGGGUACUACGCACUCACGCGGAUCUUGCGGCUAAUUGGGCAGCUGUACAACAUUGGCCGCGUUCUGCUGCUCCUUGUGGGGUGCUACGUCGCCCGCACCGCCGAUGCGGGUUUUCAGUCCCAACACUCUCUAUGGCAACUGCGGACAGUGCUGCGGACGUUCCUGCGUAUUCCGAGCCAAGUCAUCAUCUACGGGAGCUGGCUUCCUGUGAGUAUGUUUGCAGUCGCCCACCUUAUCGACUGUCCCGUGGUCUACGUCUUUGUGUUUCGCGCGUUUAGCUCGCUCAACGGCAGCUUUAGCAGGACGAUCGAUGCGAUGCUGGACCUGCUCACUGUCCUCACGUGUCAGAUGCGAAACGUGUGGCUCCUCAGUCUCUGGGCAAAAACGCAGGUGCUGUACCGACGACACGGUAUUGAAGGCUACCGCGGCUACGUCCUCCCGCUCGUGGCGUUCGUCUCGCUCGGUUUUGACAUUCGGCUGCUCUCGCUGCGCAACGUUGAUGUUGUCGCGCACACGCGAAUAGCGCCCAGUGCGACGCUUAGUGCGAUCCGGCAACUGCAGUCGGUCCCGCCCAACUACCGGUAUUGGGGCGUCUACCUCGAUCUACGCUGCUUGACGAUGGCCCUCAUCCUCCUCUAUGCUUUUGCGUACGCUGUUUGGGGCAACGGGCUCAAGCGCGUGACGCAAAUCCCGCACAUGGCCGCGACCGCGUGCAACCCAACGAUGUUUAGUACGUCCUGGAACAGUCUCUGGGCCAAUGCGUCGACGUCGGUCAUUUCGCCGACCGACGUGGGCAUUGGGUGCGCAGACCACCGAAGAUCUGAGAACGUGCUCGUGAACAUUGCGUGGAUGUCGGAUCCCAUCGAGUCCCUCUACCAGCGCUUUGCGCCUGCAACCGUGUUUGUCUACGCGUAUACGCCGGCACUGCCAACGGCGUCAAUGGUCGACGGGUACUUGCAUGGGACAGGCGAAAUGGUCGAUGCCAGCGUCUUGCAUCCGUGGAGCAUCCCCGAAUUGCAAGCCGACAGUCCGAACGUCGAGCGCCUCCUCCGCAUUGAGCGCCAAACGACGCUUCUCUCGCUUUCGUGGCGUGACCGUAUUUAUUGCUGCUAAGCGAUUUCUGUUCAUUACUAGUAGAAAUUUAGCCAGUGGUUUAUAGUGACUACAGUAAAGUGUUUGACUGAGGC